CUUGUCUUCUUUCGUUCUCAUCAAUUCACUGAUUCUCGGUCUUCUUUCGUAAGUAUUUUUCUCUUGGUACUCAAAAUCUCAUCCUCUCUUUCGUUCUCAUCAAGCCACCGAACGACUGUCUCUUUCGUAAGUAUUUUUCUCACUUUGUUUGCUUUUUGUUUCAUCUUGCAUAUGUAGAUCUCUGGUACUGUUUAUUGCUGCUUGCAUUUUCUUUGGAGAUAGUUAGAGUGUUUAUGUUAAUUUUAAUUUUUAUUUUCUUCAAUUUCUGAGGGUGUUACGAGUGUUUAAUAUGCUGAAAUCAAUGAAUUGGUACAAAUUGACUGCACUUAUAGUCUUUUUCUGCAAUUUCUGGGUGUUUGAAUAGAUUCUUAUUGAGUAUUAAUUGGUGGGUACCAUUUUUAGUUGCUGUACAUGUUUAGUUCAGUCAUUGCUUUUAUAGAAGUUGUUGUUUGGCUGUUAACAUUGUGGUGUUGAUCUCAGUACAUGAGGUGGGUACACUGGGGUUUCGUUUUAAUGAUGUUAUGUUUGCUGCUUGCAUUCUCCCUGAUAGAGUUAAAAACAUUGGAAGAAACAGAGUCAAUAACUCAAUGUUCUAUCUUUUGGCUUUUACCACUUGCGAUGGAUUAGUGGAAAAAUUGCUUUAGAGGAGAUAUUUCCCAAAGUUCAAAAAUUUUUUGUUGAAUUUUUUUCCUGACUGAAUGAUUAAAUAAAAAAAUCAUACUACACUACACUACAAUCCCAUCUUCUGAUCACAUUCACCUUGCAUCUUUGCAAUAGUGUUUUUUUUUUUUUUUUUUUUUUUUUUUUUUUUUUUUUUUUUUUAAUCUAGUUAUCAUGAUAUUGGUUUACCUUGUUUUUUCAGAUUUUCAGAUCUAUUUCUUGUUUUAUUGAGCUGGUCUUUUCUGAAAUUUGUAGUUGUGGAGAAAGAUGUAGAUGGUGAUGCAUGUGCAGGAACUACAGUUGGAUUUCUAUGUAGAAUUCUGCUUGUUUAAAAGGUUUUUAUAGAGGAGAAAGUGUUUCAACAACUAAAGGAACCUUCUUUUCAUAAGAUUAAUUACCAUUUUUUCUUUAUUAAGUUCCAAUUCCUUUUUGUAUUCUUCAUGAAGAUGAUGUACUAGGAUCUGUGCAUAUUGUCUCUCCUUUCUUUCUUUGUGUUUAUGUGAGUGAGACAAUAUCAGUUCUGACUGUUGUAUGUAUUUGUGUAAUGCAUAUAAUCACUCUCACUUUGUGUAAUGUUUAUGUCUUAUUAAAGUUUAAUUUGUUCCUAUUUCAGAACUAUGAGCAAUACCGACAAUUCGUCAGUCCCUAUGGAUGAUGAAAGUGAGGUUGGAAACGAGAAUGCAACAACCAAAUCAACCAAGGUUGGUGACAAGAGGAAGUCUGAAUACUGGAACCAUUUUUGGGAUUUUAGAGAUCCAGUAACCAAAAAAAUUGUUCAAGUCAAAUGCAAAUAUUGUGAGAAAAUGCUAACAGGGAAUUUGUGCUUCCUUGUUGGCUGCUGCCUCUUUGCUUUGUUGUCUGCUGUAUGCUGUCUUUCUCCGUUGCUUAGAUGGUUGCUGACUUGCUGCUGGUCUUGUUGCUGGCUGAUGGUGUGCUCAGCUGCUGCCUGCUGAUGGUGUGCUCAGCUGCUGCCUGUUGCUGCCCUUCCUUUUCUUCCCUUUUUUUUUUUUCUGAACUUUUAUUUAAGUAGUUGUUUUGGUUAUGUUUGGAUGUUUGGACUUUGCAGCAUUGUUGAAGUUUGUUGUACUGAUAUUUUAGGUUGUUGAAUUGGUACUUUUUGGCUUAUUAGUUUGUAAUAUUUGUAUUUUGAAAUAUUUGUAUUUUGCUAGCCUCCAAAACUAAUUUAGGGAUAUUAUUAUGUUAA